GGCUGUGCAGGAAUAUGGGAGGGGCUUGCCUUUGCUUUCCAAACUGCCUCCUCCCCGCUUUCCUGACUAGGGGACGGAAGUGACGAAUCCCCGAGGAGGUCACUUCCUGCUGGGGUGGAUGAGGAGGAGCCGGAGACGCCGCCGAGGAGACGGGACCGAGACGGACCGCGGAGGAGUGUGUCAGCAGGAGGGAGAAAAUGAAAGCGGGCUGCAGCAUUGUGGAAAAGCCAGAAGGAGGUGGAGGCUACCAGUUCCCUGACUGGGCCUACAAAACGGAGUCAUCCCCGGGCUCCCGGCAGAUCCAGUUGUGGCAUUUCAUCUUGGAGCUACUUCAGAAAGAAGAGUUCCGCCAUGUCAUUGCCUGGCAGCAGGGAGAGUAUGGAGAGUUUGUCAUCAAGGACCCAGACGAAGUGGCCCGCCUCUGGGGCCGGAGAAAGUGCAAACCACAGAUGAACUAUGACAAGCUCAGCCGGGCCCUCAGAUACUAUUACAACAAGAGGAUCCUUCAUAAAACAAAAGGCAAAAGGUUUACUUACAAAUUUAACUUCAACAAGCUGGUGAUGCCCAAUUAUCCAUUCAUCAACAUUCGGCCCAAUGGAGUAGUACCCCAGAGUGCCCCUCCAGUACCAACAGCCUCCUCCCGUUUCCACUUUCCCCCUCUGGACAGCCAUUCUCCCACCAGUGACGUGCAGCCAGGCCGAUUCUCCGCAAGCUCCCUAGCUCCUUCUGGGCCCGAGUCCUUGAAUGAUGGCAGUGAACGGAAAGCAGAGAUUUCGGAGCUGGAGGACAGUUCUGCCGAGUGGCGUAGGAGUGUGGAUCUCAUGACUUCCCGGAGUUCAGUCACUAGUGGAGGAAUUGGCCAUCAGAAGCGCAAGCCAGACAUCAUGCUCCCUCUUUUCACCAGGCCUGGGAUAUACCCUGAUCCCCACAGUCCUUUUGCUGUUUCUCCACUGCCAGGCCGUGGAAGUGUCCUCAAUGUCCCUAUCUCACCAGCUCUGUCCCUUACACCAACCCUCUUCUCCUACAGCCCCUCCCCAGGUCUAAGCCCCUUCACUGGCAGCAGUUGCUUCUCCUUUAACCCUGAUGAAAUGAAACACUACUUGCAUUCACAAGCCUGCUCAGUUUUAAACUACCACCUAAGUCCCCGGACUUUUCCUCGUUAUCCUGGGCUCAUGGUUCCACCUCUGCAGUGCCAAAUGCAUCCAGAGGAACCAGCCCAAUUUCCCAUUAAGCUCCAGCCACCACCUGCUGGGAGGAAGAACCGGGAAAGAGUAGAGAGCAGUGAAGAUUCAGCAGUUACUGUCACUCCUACCCCUCCAAGGAUCAAGGUGGAACAACAAACUGCAGACAGAGAGCCUGAGAACCAAGAGCAGCCACUAAGAGAAAAAGAGGAACAGCGGGAGGAGCGCUGUGUACCCAGUGGGACCAUAGAUGAAGAGGGUGCCUUUUUUGCACGCCCUGCUGCACCCCCAGCCUGGCCCUUGGUUCCCCUCAGCAGCCCAGGUGAAGAGACCCCAGAGUUGAGUGAAGGUAGUGAGGACAGGUCUAGUAAGGAUGCCCUGGCAGUAGUUGAGUCCAAUGCCCCUGAAAAGAAAGAGGAUGCCUUGAUGCCCCCAAAGCUUCGGCUAAAACGAAGAUGGAAUGGUGACAGGGAAGCCAGAGAGCUGAGUGAGAGCAGCAAGAUUCAUUGGAAUCUUUCGGGGUCUCCACCCCUCAUUGCUGGACAGGGGGGUGGCCACAGCAGCUGCUGCUGAUGCUUAGUAUUGAAAUUAAUUGGGAGCUGUUUAUACUAUAAUUGAAUACAUGUAUUUAUGUAGCAAGGUUGCAGGGGUGGGGUGGGGAGGGAGGGAGGUAAUUAAGCUGGUUUGAUCAUUCUAGAGAAUAGACUUCUUGUAUUUUUAUGUUUUGGGGUAGGGGAGGGUAUCCUUUUUGUUGUAAAUUAGCAGGAUGUGAAAAGCUAAGUUGGGGAUUGGGUUGGGGAGGGUUAAAUAGGGGAGGGAGAAGGGAGCCUCUGUCCCCUGGUAAGGCUUGGACAUUUGACAAGAAAACUCCCAAAAGACCAAGACACUUUGGUCAUGUUGUUAGUGAUAGCUGGGGAUCCCAGACAACUUGGUUUUCUAUUGUAUUUAUAUAGAAAAGUCAUUAAUGAAUUUUCCUCUUUUUAUGUUGAGGGAAAUAACAGGAAAGGGGGGGUUAGGGGUGGGAACAAUGAGACCAUUAAUUUAGCCUGGAAAGCUUUUUUUUUUCCAUUUUUGAUUAUUUCAAGGAAAGGGCAAGAAAUCUUACAGUCUUAUUUGGGAGUCAGGUGUGAAUUUGUUUUCUUUUUUAAACAAAGUUUUCAGGAAACCCUGAAAAGAAAAGCCAGAUUAUAGCAGGGCAGAGAAGCAACAGCAGCAGCUAUAUGUGUCUGGAAGCUCUGCCCUUUGGAAGGGCUGCUAGUUUCUUUAGGACUUUUCACCUACUCUACCUAUUAAAAGAAGCCAUGAGGAGUUGUAAACUCUUUUUCAGGGAAGAAAGACAAGGGCAGGAGAAAGUGGCCUGAUGCCUUUAAGAAAUGAAAAACAAGACAAGAAUUACCCCAAUUUUUCCUUUCUAGUUGUGAUUUGGGAGAGUUUGAAGUAUGAUUGUGAGUUCACCCAGAAGUGUGAUAGCAUUAUUGAAAAAGUCUUUCUAUCAUGUCUGGUUCUCUUAAUAUUUUCUUAAGUCAAGCCUUAAUACAUUUUACAAAACACGGGUCUGUUGGUACAAUCUAUAGAAGGGCACAGACAACAUUUUAGAGAUAACCCAGGAAUGUUGGAACAUAGUUAGGUUUGUCAGUUAGCAUGUGAGGAUUUAGCCCUGCUCUAUCUCUUUACCCUAAUCUUUGGUAUUAUUGGGUUUGGAAGGAGCAGGGUGGUGAGCAGAAUGGUGGGAAGCAAGGACAGAGCAGAAAUAUCUUGUAAAAUGCAGAAAGUUGAUGUGGGUGUGAGUAGAAGUAUGGUGAAACUAGAGGAGGUGGAGAGACAGCAAGAGAUAUAGAAGACAGGGAGAAUAAAAGAAAAGGCCUGGUAAUGAUAAGAGAUUUUCUGUCCCAGUAUAAACUGUUUGCCAUGUGCCCAUUAUCUGGAGUAGUUGUAAGUUCUCAUUGGGCUGCAUUGAUUUAGCCUAGCUUGUAUUCCAAAUUCCAGUAACAAGUGUGUUUUCACACACACACACACACACACGAAUGUUUUCAGAAACUCCUCCAGAGGAAUAGAAAGGCAGAUGACUAGAAGAGAAAAUUGAGUAGUGGUUAUAUAUGAACUGAAAUUACACUACUAUGAGAUUAGAUCAGCUUGGGACAGCAUUACAGAGAUGGUUAAAGAAGAUGGUAAUAAGGGUCUGGGAAACAUGGAAAAACUCAGCUCCACCCCAGCCUAACUCAGCUGUAUAUAGUAGGAUGAUGUGUUCAAAGUGUUUUGUUUUGGUUUUUUUUCUUUAAAAAAAAAAAAACAAAUUUUUAUUGGAGAGUACCAGAUAUGAGAGGCCAAGAAAAGGGUUGGAACAGGUGGGUGUGAUUUGGAUUUAAAGUUUCCACAAAGAUGGCUUGGAUUAAUGUUAGCAUCUUGAUUCUUCCAGUGAGCCAUCCUGAUUUUAUAUGCACCCAGUUAACUGAAUCAAGAUCAGUAAGUGACUUGAACUUUCCCACUCCUCAGGAAGGAGCCUUGAUCAAUGAGGCCCUGGCCAGGCUACAAGGGGACCCUUGUUCUUGGCAAUGACAUCCCAUAGGUUGCCUUUGGUACCUAUUGUGGGUUUUUUCUUCUCUUAGCACCUUGACUUACCUCUGAAUUGGAAGGCAUGCUUGGGGCAAGGGGGCAAAAUGAUACUUCUAGGUAUAUAGGAGGCUAUCUGGCCAUCCCCCUUUCCCAUAUCCACAUCCCUUAGAAAGGGCCACCAGGUGUCGGUAUGAACUCAGGAAUAGAUAACUCGAGGCCUUUUUUAAAAAAAAAAAAAUCCAUAAUGCAUAUCUUUAACCCCUUAGAACCCAAGUGCCAGAAUUCCUAGAUGCUGCUUCUGUUUGAACAAAAAUUCACUAUUUCACACUUGAAAAACACUCAAAAAAAUGUUCAGCUCCAUGAAAAUUGUUGUUUGGCUUUAUGAACCUGUUGGUGUUUUAAUCUGUUUUCUAUGAUCACCAUUCCGCCUGUUAGUUUAUUGAUUGCACUGUGUGCUGGGAUUCGGCAAGUCCCUUUUUCAGAGCCAAACAGGCUUUACUCAGGUUGUCAGGCAAUGCUGGCGUCACUGAUGUUAGAAGUGGUCCUCAGGAAGGUGGUGGUUGUGGUGCUAGGACUGGAGGGGACUUUGAACCUCCUUUUCCUAAUCUCUUUGCAACACUUCAGCCCUACCUGUUAAAAGCCAGACUCCUCCCAGCCAGGGACAGUGACAUCAAUGUCUAGCAGCAGCAGGUGGAGGACAGAGAAAUGAAAACAAGGGUGUUUUUUGUUUGUUACUUUUUUUUUUUUCCAAAUUCCAUUGUGCCAAAUGUUUGAACUUUGACAAGUUUAGAUCUGUUGACAUUUCAACAUCCACCUGUAUUAACAAAUCAAGAGUAUAUUCUUGUGAGCAGUUGGCUUUUAUAGCCUUAGGGGGAAAAAACCUGUAGAAAAGAGACUUAAUGGCAUCUAUCCUUAUGAAAUAGCUCACUUUUUUAAGGGGGUUAGGGGUGAAAUAUAAACACUUUACCAAGGCCCACUCCACCUUCAUCUCCAUCCUGUUAACACAGGGAAUUACCAUACCUUAGUUUAAUCUUCAGUGGGCCAAGAAAAACCUAAAAAGCAUUAAGAAAAACUAUAGCCAAGGUUUCACUUCUCACCUAGCAGGUGGAGUCCAAUGGCUGGUUAUCCCUUAUUUUUUUAUUUAUUCCAUAAUUAUGUUUUAUGGCUUUUCUUGUUUUGUUUUGUUCUUUUUAUAAGCAAGAAUAACUUUACUUUUUGUCUUACAGAUCCUACAUGGUGUUUGUUUUGAUUUUUAUCUUUUUGGUUUAAAAAGAAAACAUUUUAAUCUGGUUGUUUUAAAAAACUUCUGGUUUUAGUUUCUUUUUUGAAAAAAAAGAAAGCUACUAAAUGAAAUUGUUUUGAGACCUUUAGGUAUAUUCUUUGAUUAGAAUUGUGAUGCAGGGAUUUGUGAAUGAGAUGUUCACUUACAGAAGAUGACUUAAGCAGAAUAAAGUGUGUAUAUGUACAUAAAAAUGUAAGUAAUCUUAACUCCAUUGUGCAGUGCCUUUUAGAUGUUCCACUUUCUAUAAAGUCUUCAAAAUUUUGCAUAUAUAUAUUAUAUAUAUAUGAUGUAAUGUUAUAGAAAUAUAUGUAUAAUAUACAUAUUUUUUUCCAGGGGUAUCUGAUAGCUCUGUAUUUUGUUAUGGAAGUUGAAAGAAAAAAGUAUUUUACCUCAAAUUAAAAAGUUAAAUAAAAUACUUUUAAA